GGGCACCCGAGGAGGAUGGACCUGGCAGCCUCUCUCCUGCCCAUCGGCCCCAAUGCCAGCAACACCAGCAACACCUCCGAUGGCCCGGACAACUUCACCUCUGGCGGCUCGCCUCCUCGCACAGGGAGAAUCUCCUACAUCAACAUCAUCAUGCCUUCCGUGUUCGGGACCAUCUGCCUCCUGGGCAUUGUCGGGAACUCCACGGUCAUCUUCGCGGUGGUGAAGAAGUCCAAGCUCCGCUGGUGUAGCAAUGUCCCCGACAUCUUCAUCAUCAACCUCUCCGUGGUGGACCUCCUCUUCCUUCUGGGCAUGCCCUUCAUAAUCCACCAGCUCAUGGGCAAUGGCGUCUGGCACUUUGGGGAGACCAUGUGCACGCUCAUCACGGCCAUGGACGCCAACAGUCAGUUCACCAGCACCUACAUCCUCACCGCAAUGGCCAUCGACCGCUACCUGGCCACCGUCCACCCCAUCUCCUCCACCAAGUUCCGGAAGCCCUCCGUGGCCACCCUGGUGAUCUGCCUCCUGUGGGCCCUCUCCUUCAUCAGCAUCACCCCCGUCUGGCUCUAUGCCAGGCUCAUCCCCUUCCCGGGGGGAACAGUGGGCUGCGGCAUCCGCCUGCCCAACCCAGACACCGACCUCUAUUGGUUCACCCUGUACCAGUUUUUCUUGGCCUUUGCCUUGCCCUUUGUGGUCAUCACGGCUGCCUACGUGAGGAUCCUUCAGCGCAUGACGUCUUCGGUGGCCCCCGCCUCCCAACGCAGCAUCCGGCUGCGGACAAAGAGGGUGACCCGCACGGCAAUUGCCAUCUGCCUGGUCUUCUUUGUGUGCUGGGCGCCCUACUAUGUGCUACAACUGACCCAGUUGUCCAUCAGCCGCCCAACCCUCACCUUCGUCUACCUGUACAACGCGGCCAUCAGCUUGGGCUAUGCCAACAGCUGCCUCAACCCCUUUGUGUACAUUGUGCUCUGUGAGACAUUCCGCAAGCGCCUGGUCCUGUCAGUAAAGCCCGCCGCCCAGGGGCAGCUCCGCACGGUCAGCAAUGCCCAGACGGCGGAGGAGGAGAGGACAGAGAGCAAGGGCACCUGA